UGCUCUGCAGAGAGAGAGAACAAUUAUGUUCUGCUGACUGCAGACUCCGCAAGUGCGUCAGCACUCUGAAAUGAAUGGAGAGAAAAAGGAGCAAUCAGUGUUACUGCAGAGAGCAGGCAAGAGAGAGUUCAAAGCCCUAUCCUUCUAGUUCAGAUGAAUAUGUGACAAUUUCUGCACAUGCAUCUUGUUAUUAGCUAGGACUGUAUACUGUGCAAGAUGUGAAGUACUGCAAUAUAGCAAGAUGAACACUCUGCUUCUCCUCACCUUCCUCUCCAUGUGCCAUGCAGAGAACUUUGACCAGGCUUUCAACUUGGCACCUUACAGGACCAUUUACCUCUCAGAAAAUGGACCUGGACUGUUUGUUAUGAAAGAACGAGCCAAAGUGGUGUCCCACCGGGGGGGCAAUGCUACACUGCCAUGCACGUUUCAAAGGAACCCUGCAUUUGUCCCCAAUCCCAAAAUGAGGAUAAAAUGGACUAAAUUAACAUUAGAUUAUUUGAAGGAAAUUGAUGUUUUUGUAGCUAUUGGUUUCAAUAAGAAGAGCUAUGGUAGCUUCCAUGGCCGUGUGCAUCUACAAGGUGCCAGUGAGAAUGAUGCGUCACUGGUGAUUAGUGAAAUAACACUGGAGGACUAUGGAAGAUACAAAUGUGAGGUAAUUGACGGUCUGGAGGAUGCCACAGGAGUGGUGUCCCUCAAUUUACAAGGUGUAGUUUUCCCGUAUUUUCCACCUUUUGGUCGCUAUAACCUCAACUUUCAAGAAGCUGAGAAAGCCUGUCAAAACCAGGAUGCUAUUGUGGCCUCUUUUGAUCAGUUGUAUCAAGCUUGGACAGAAGGCCUAGACUGGUGCAAUGCUGGUUGGCUGAGUGACGGGUCAGUGCAGUAUCCUAUCACCAAACCUCGAGAACCAUGUGGAGGGAAGAACACGGUCCCUGGCAUAAGGAAUUAUGGAAUGCAAGACAAGCAAAAGAACAGAUAUGAUGUGUUCUGUUUCACAUCAAAGUACAAAGGGCGUUUCUACUACCUUACCCCGUCUUCCAAGAUGACAUAUGAUGAAGCAGUGCUGGCCUGUCAAAAGGAUGGUGCUCAGAUUGCUAAGGUGGGCCAAAUGUAUGCAGCAUGGAAGCUGCUAGGCUAUGAUCGCUGUGAUGGUGGUUGGCUGGCCGACGGAAGUGUGCGCUACCCCAUCUCCCGUCCACGUCGUCGCUGUAGCCCCACAGAGGCUGCUGUGCGCUUUUCCGGUUUUCCAGACAAGAAGCACAAACUCUACGGGGUCUAUUGUUUCAAAGGGUACAACUGAGAUGAUAAAAUAUUGAAGUACAAAAGGGAAGUGAAGAGAAGGAGUCAGCAUGAGAACAAACCUGUGAAACCUUUUCAAAUACUGUAUUAGAAAUAAGAAAAUAAUUAAGAACAAACUGUGUAUUAGGUGUUUUUAAAGGUUUUGUGUAAACAAUAGCAAAAAAAAAAGAAAAGAUAAAGAAGAAGCAUGUUUGUGACAUAAAAACACCAAUACCAUAAAAUGUUUCUAAAAAUGUUGCGGAAAGCUUAAAUGGUUAAUUACUUAUAGAUUAUAAAGCUACUUACAUUUUAGGUAAGACAAGAUUUCUGCAGAAUAAUCUGAUGAAGCAAGGGUGAAUAACUAAUUAUAUAUACACAAAAUUUACUAAGCAUCUAUAUAGCAUGUCAUUAGUAAUAUGGCAGUAAACCUUCAAGAAUUAGAGUGAUAUUUAUGAGCACAUUGAUAUUCAGUAGUAUUGUACUCAUGGAAAACUGAAAUGGUGGAUAAAAUAAACUUUCUUCUAUAAAGAGAAAUCUAAAACAAGCAAUCAGUCUAGUAUUUAGCCAUUAUUUAAACAGAUCUCUCUCUUUACUUUCUCUAUCUCUCAUACAGUCAUCAUCCUAGGGUGCUAAAAUGUAUUAUGCUCUUGGGGUAUAUGCUUUUUUUGUUUUUUAUUGUAUUUUGUUUAAAAAAAGACAUUUAACGUGUGGACCAAACUUUAUUUUGUCAUACUGUCAGAGUGAAAAUCAAAACACUCACAGUGUUCUAUAAUUGGUUUUACAGAAAUAUUAUAAUAAUCUAAAAUGG